AAAGAAAUUCACUGGUUGACUCAAUGUAAUUGUAUUUGAUGCAUUAUUGCAUAAAACAAUCAGUCCAUGUCACAUUAUCCAGAUUCACAUUUACAGCUUAAUUACUACAUCAGUAAAAACCUUUGAUGUAGGGGAAAGCAUAAAACUGGAUUUCUCUCUAGCAGAACUAAUGAAUAUCAUGAACUUUCCCAGACCUUUUAUGAGGGUGGGAUAAAGUGGAUCAUCUGAGCUUUUGAAGCGCGCCUGAACUGAUCAAAUCUCUCCCAAACUUCUGCUCUGGACAAUUUAGCAUUUUUUAAGGUGUCAAAUCAUACAAACACGAAGCCCUAACCACCCGGAGAAGAGGCGGGGUUAGCUCAUGUAUAUUCACUUUGCGGGAACAACUCUGACCAAUAAGAAUUGCAUAUGGGUGGUAUGCUAAUUAGCAAUUGACAGCUGCAGAAGAAUGCCAUCCAGUCCAGGCGUAGCUACAGAGCAGAGAUGGAGAAUGGAGUUGGAGUUUUGGGAAGAGGGGGAUUAUCUCAAACUGCGGUUUUUGAGCAUGAGUAACAGGGUGGAAUGUUAACGCACUUCUCAGGACAAUAGGAAGGAACGUGCUUGUAGAGUACAGCGGCGGAGGUUUUUUAUUUUUUUAUUUUUUUAAGUUGCUCCAGGGUGUUUAGUUAAAGAAAAAACAAAACAGCGGUUUAAGGAUGCACCGCGCCUUCUCGUUUGCGAUGGCGGCGGAACGGAGCCGGUAUAAGGAGAGACUGGAGGCAACUCUGGCCGGUUUGUGUGAGUUGGAGAUGCUGAAACAGCGGCAGGAGAGUCUCGUGCUCAGCGCGCUCAGUCUCGGAGACCCAGGCCCGGGCUGUGCACGCGCAGCGUGGCCACUAAUCCGACACUGCUUCCCUAGUUCUGCAAACCUGGAGCAGGAACAGCCGGGAUCAGCAGAACAGCAGGGUUUGAUGGCAGUUCUUCAACAGCAGGUAGGAGAACUGAGGGUGGAUACAGAGACCAGAUCAGUGGAGCACCUCACAGUUGCAGGAGAUAUCGGACCAAGUUCAGGUUUCUGUGAGCAGAGAGAGAGUCAGUCUCCUCUGGACUCGGGUGACCUCUCUUCCAGGACCUCAUUCCCAAUCCAAUCACCUAGUUCCAGUGAGAGACUUAAAUCUGCUGGAGAUAUGUUUGUGACCAGUCGUGAUGGACUGCAGGACUCUGGGGGCUCUGCAGGACGAUCUCCGGUUCCACGCUCGCUCUCAGUCCCCCAGCCGCCUCUGAUGGGUCUAUUAAAGAGAGGUGGAGAGGGGGAGCGCUGGCUCUGGGUAGAAAGUAAUGGAGCAGGAGAUGAAGAUGAGCCCACUUCUGAGGACUACCAACAGGCUCAGCAUGUGGAGACUUACAUCCUGGGUCUGAUCCAGCGCCGUCUUCUGGCCACAAGGCAGUGCAAGCCUCGUACCAACAUGAGCCCUGAGGCCAGAGGAGUUAUGAGGCAAAGUAGUCUUUGCCGCAAGGAACCUGUCUUCAUUCCUGAUCACUGCAAGAUUUCUUCAAGCCCUGACAGACCAACGUGGGCCUCAUACAGCCUUGAAGAGGAGCAGCUAGGGGGCUUUUCCCCUGGAGAGCAGCACCCUGCUCACUAUACAAGGCUUGAGGAGCAGAUCCCUGCUCAUUUCUCAAGACCUGAGGAGCAGCAUACUACUCAUUAUCCUAGGCCUGAGGAGAAGCUGUCUACACAAUAUCCCAGGCCUGCACUGUCAGGAAAUCACUCCACAUCUCUGGAUUUCCCCUCUGGAGAUUUGGAUCCCAGCAGUAGUGAAGCAGACUCACCCCACCACUACCAGCUCCCACACUCACCCUCUUCAGAAGAGCAUUUGGUCAAUGCACAGUACAUCCCAGCACAGCCAUGCCAGGCACCCAUGAGGGCCAAAACAUCUCGUGCCCAUGCUGCCCCCAAAGCCGGCCGUGGUGGUGGUGCCUACUCCCCUGAAAGACCACAGCCCAAGCCACGGGCCAUGCCCAAGAAGUGCCGCUUUAGUGAAGAUAGGACAGCUGCCAAGAAACCUGGACGAAAAGCCUGUCGCUCGCAGUCAGAGAACAGCCUGCUGGGACAGAAGGGUGUCCCUGAGCGAAAGUACAGCACGGUGGAGCGGGACACAGGCCGCGCUAACCAGUCCAAAUCCCGUCGCCAGCAGGGCAGCUUUGGGCACCGCCGCUGGCGCUCCACACUAGAGCUCAGCCAGGACGAAGCCGAUCCCACACCAGAGCGAGAGGUCAGACGUACCCGUAGGUCUAGACCUGCUGCACCAACCUAUGUAUACAAUCAGACUCCUCAGCAUCUUCAUCCACAUCAUCCACACCACUUUCCUCAUCCUCACCUUCACUCAGACUACCCACAGCACACCUCAGUGUGCCGUCCAGACGGAGGUUACAAGCACUCAGGCCUGGGAGAGUGGGAAUCCAGUAUGAGUGAAGGGGAGUCCCCUGGAUCAAGUUCCAUGUCCAGUGACUCUGAUGAGAGUGGAGGACUGGUGUGGCCUCAGCAACUUGCCCCACCGUUGGCUCCUCCUUCACCCCCCACUCCUUCUGGGGCACCACUGCAGUCCAAAGCCUUGGUAAAGAUCAAAGCCUCACAUGCUCUCAAGAAGAAGAUCCUUCGCUUUAGAACUGGUUCCCUCAAAGUCAUGACCACCGUUUGAGCUACUGGGUUAAGCAUCCAUGGAGGUCUUUUCUCUUCACUGUUUUGGGAUAUCCUGAGACAGAGCAGAAAGGUCUAAGCUACCUGCCUCAGAUUAUAGUGAAUCUGAGCCUAAAACCACCAUGUACAUAUAUGUGUAUGUGAUAAAGGUGUUUGUAUUUAUGAUUGUACUCUGUAAAUAAAAAAUCUGGGCCCAUGUAGAUGGGGCCAUGUAGCCUUUAAGAUGUUUGUGGUUUAAGAGACAAUGGUCUGAACAUAUAGGAAAAGAACUGAAACUAAUUUGAAUUCGAAUUCGAACUCCAUCAUACAAUCAAUCGUUUGGUGUAGAAUAUAAUUACAGUAUUACAUUGGUUUCAGUCACAGCCGUACACGUUAAAGCAGUAGAAGAGAAAUAUUUUUAGCUGCUCCAUACUGAGAAAGAGACGGGGAAGGAUUAGUGAUCUAUGACAAGAAAGAGAGAAACUCUAAUAGUCUGCCUUGCCCAGACAGAUGCAGACAAAGGACACAUGCCAAGCAUAAUACAGACAACUCACAGGAAGUCAAACAGGGUUGUGUUCAGCACAGUGUUACAGUCCCACAAUAGGAAAGAGAAGGCAAACCCUGGACUAGAUGAAAUGCUGUGUGCACUAUUAAUGCCUUUUAUGUCUGCAGCAUUCCACAAUUAUUUUAUUUUAACUUGACCUGGGAAGUGAUUUGUUUAUUUGUGUAAAACACAGUGAUGUGGGGGUUCCAUCAUGGCCAGAGUGAGGAAGUUCACUGCUGCAGCUUCACACA